UUAAAUUAAUAUAAGCUAACUCAGUUCUGAACGCGUCAUUUAAAAAUGGCGAUUUAAACCUCCAGUAGCUCAAAGCUCAGCCUCACCCCCAGUUCCGAUUCGACUGCCGUCAUGAUUUGUAUAACAAAUUAAUCGUUAAUAAAUGUAAUUAAUUAAUUAUUACAGUAGUUUUUAAUGAAGAAUAGAGUUUUUAAGUGGUUAAUCAUUGACUAAAAUUAUGGGAUCAAGUAAAAUAACUUUCGGCACUUUGAUAUCGGUAAUUAUAAUAGUAAUCGCGAUUUACUACCGGAACAGCGAUCUUGAGCUAAGGAGCAGAUUAACUCAUGUUUUAAAUGGACUGGAGCACUUGGAGUCCAAACAUGAGAUCGUGGUUAAGCCCAAAAUAGCGGUAGGGUAUGGUGCCUGUGCGGAUGUUUAUAUUGAUGCGAAAUAUUUGCUCAAGUACUCCGAAAAGCUCGGAGAUCCCCAUCACUAUGACGAAAUUGACACCAAGGAGCAAUUGUUAAAGAGUUUCGCUUAUUACUUUCGUCAUGGGGCUGCUGCUGAGCGCUACAUGAGGAAUGAACAAUUGUUUGACAAGUUGGUGGCCAAGGCCAGGACCUUUGACUCUUCUUACUCUUCAAUCGGAGGAAACGCUCCGGUGAUGGCGAUGAGGUUCGCCAAAGAGGGCUGUGAUGUCCUGCUGGCCGCCAAAAUGACUGACUCUUUGAGGCUGAUGAUUCCCGACGACAUAGAAGUCGUCGGGGGAGAAGUUGACAGGGAUGACAUUCACCUAAUCCUGGAGUACAAGCGCGGCGAGCAAUGGGGUCCUUACACCAGCGCCAGGGCUAAUAGAUAUAUUAUUCACAAUGACAACAACAAUCCGACUGUGAGUUCUCUGGAGGCUUUUGAUAAAGCUCUGAAGGAGUUCAAGCCUGAUUUGCUGGUUGUCAGUGGACUACAGAUGAUGGAUAAUUUUCCUUUUGCUGAUGGAGUAAGAAAAGAAAGACUGAAUAAAAUCCGCCAGCAGAUGAUAAGCCAGCUACCGAGCACGAGGAUCCACUUUGAGAUGGCUUCAUUCGUGGAAAAAGACCUGAUAACAGACCUGGAGAACAUGGUCCUGCCGUACGCGGACAGCCUGGGGAUGAACGAGCAGGAGGUCGCGAACCUCUACAAUUCAAUGUACCACGGGAACAUCUCACUGGUCGCGGACUCCAGUCCGCGAGUCGCUACAAUAUUGGAUUACAUGCGGGUGCUCUUCAAGCUGGUGAGGAUGCGGGGCAAGGAGAUCCAGGGCGCACGUGAGCUCACGAGAAUCCACGUACACACUCUGGCUUACCAGGCGAUAUUGACCGUCAAGUCGUCCAAGUGGAAGAAUACGAUGGCCGCGGCUGCUAAGGCUUCCCUUGUCGCUCAUCGUCAUGUUUGCGGAACCAGCAAUAUUGACGUAAAAAAAGCAACGCUGAUAAUGGACGAGAGUUUCUCGACAUCGAAAGUGUCUGGCAAGCGUAUCCCACUGGACAUCGAGAAACCGGUUUCCUGCUGGGACGAGAUCCUGAAGACCAGCCUCCAAGAUUACGCGGUGGAAGUCUGCGUCGCGCCUGUUUUAGUCUGCACAGAGGCCAGCCAGACUGCCGGCGGCGGUGAUAAUAUUUCCAGCGCCGGUCUAGUACUCCAGAUUUAAUUCUGUCGAUUGAUU